AUGAAUUUUACUGAUUAUUUAAUAUAUGCCAAAUCACAGUUGAAAAAUUUAAAUCAAUUCCAUCGCAUACGCAUUGUUUUGGGUAAUGAAUCUUGUGAUUUGGAUUCAACUAUAAGUGCUUGCGUCUAUGCAUAUUUUCUUCAUACUACUUGUUCGAAUCAAAAAGAAAUUCUUCAUUUAUCUGUGAUGAGUAACAAUGCUUCAACAUUUCGUUUACGUACUGAAGUACGAUGGCUUCUCAAAGAAGAUUAUUCAAAUGUUAUUUGCAUUGAUGAUAUAAAUCUAAAUGAAUUACAUAAUCAAAGAAAACUUGAUAUUAUUCUGGUUGAUCAUAAUUAUUUAAAUUCAAAUUUAAAUGAAAAUGUAAUUGAAAUAAUUGAUCAUCAUCAAUUAAAAAAUGGUUCCAUCAUGCUACAAGAUCCAUCGAAGAUCAAAAUUGAAUAUGUUGGUUCAUGCUGUACAUUAAUUGCUGAAAAAUUAUUUUCAUUAAAUUUUAAAAUGACAGAAAAAGUCGCAUAUUUAUUAACCGGACCAAUUGUAUUCGAUACAGUUAAUUUUUCACCAAGUGCUGGCAAAACAACAGAGAAAGAUCGACAAAUCUAUGCACAACUACAAACUUAUCGUCCACAAUCUGACAAUGAUUUAGAGUUAUACGAAAAUAUAAUGAAAAGUUCAGCAGACGUAACAGGAUUAUCGGUCCAAGAUCUAUUACGGAAAGAUGCUAAACAAAUUUCGGGGUCGAAUGUUUGUCUUAUCAUGUCUAGUUUACCAAUGAAUUAUACAGUUGAAGAUUUAAUUGGAAAACUAAAAACGCUGGAUGACAUAAAUGAAUUUUUAUCAGAAAAUGAGAAUGCGGAUGGUGUUAUUAUUACAUCGGUAAAAGUUGAGAAUACAGUAACAAAACGUCAAUUAGGCUUUUAUUUUAAAAAAAUCGAACAUACACAAUUGAUUAACAAAUAUAUUCGAAGUGAAGAAGUUAAUCUUGAUUUGCAAGAACGUCCUAUACCAAUAAAUCAAGCACGUAUCAAAUUAUUUGAUCAAAAAAAUGUUCUAGCUUCUCGAAAACAAAUACUACCACUUAUUGAAACGUUUAUCAAAGAUUUGGUUAAAUCAGACAUCUCCUAA